ACUUUACAACAUCAACUUUUGUGAAAUUUGAUCUCAUGCUUUUGAUUUUGUGUCUGUUUGUCAGAUCUACUUUAAACAUAGGGCUGAUCCGUUGGUUACUGACGUCCGGUGGAUACGAGAACAGAUUUGCAGACCUUUUGCAUCAUAUUUCAGAUAUAAGAUACCCUACAUAAGAUGCCUGGAUUCAACUUUCUUAUCCUGCAGUUCUGUCUUCUUGGAUAUGUCUUCGUCUGCUCCAGUGCUUGGCGUGUUAUGAUGCCAAGCCACUUGAAAGGAUUGGUGGGUUCCUGCCUUGUCAUCCCUUGUAGGUUUGACUACAAUAAAUAUCCACCUCAGAGACCAGAUCGUGUUGUUUGGUACCAGUAUGUGAGUCGAGGAUAUCCUUUGGUUUAUGAUGACUGGUACCCAACUUAUGUCACUUAUGACAUAUUCCGUGGAAAAACACAAGCCUAUAGGUCUGGAUAUGGGAAGACAUGCAGCCUAAAGAUCGAACCACUGACCUGGAGUCAUCACAGACAGAAGCUUUAUCCCUGGGUGGAUCCAGAGAAUAUUGGGAAAAGCACCCACGGAUUCUAUGAUACAACCGUAAUGAUUGAAGUAGUGGACACAGCAGAUCCCCCGAAUCUUCAAAUCUAUGGAGCCAAGAAGGUUGGACACUCUGUAGAUGUGCAUUGCUCUGUUUAUCACACCUGUCCCACUAAACCCCCAACUCUGAGUCUCAACAUCCCACAUGGAAACCAGGAUCGUACUCCUGUUGAACUGACUGAUGGCACAUUCAAAACCACCUUGAAGGCCACUUUGCUCAUUGAGAAUGACUCUCAAAGAGUGGUGUGCUCUGUUCAAUACCCUACUGGUCACACUAAAAGCACCUCUAGCAACAUAAACGCAGAAUGUUCCAUUUUACCAUUGACUAUCAGCUCUACAUCAAAUGAAUUUCUUGAAGGAUAUCCAAGCAAAGUGACCUGCACUGCCACAUACACAUGCUCUAAACAUAGGCCCACUCUGACAUGGAGCUAUGGUAACAUGCCAACAUCCACUGCUACUACCAAGGAGGCUCAGUGGAAGACUAUCUCCACACUGACGUUCACAUCAUCAGCCAACGACCCAGGAAGAUCUCUGACAUGCUACGCAGUAUUCUCUAAUGGAGAGAGACAGGAAACGAGCAUCACCCUACAAGUCAAGAAACCUCUGAGCAUUGCUCCAGUCAUUGCAGUCCCACUUGUAGUCCUGAUCCUAAUCAUCUUAGCUGUGGUGUUAGGAGUCUUCAUCUGCAGGAGAAGGAGGCACACUGAGGACUCAAUGAAACCACCACCUCGACCGGAGAAAAGGAAUUCAUUCUGGAACAAGCUUCCCAGACGCCAAGGCAAUGCUGUGAACCUCAGUGUGGGCUAUUCAAACAACCCCAACACCAUCAUCUCCGGCAGUAAUUUCUCCGAACCACUCAAUCUAUCCCCAGAGGAUUGAGUUUUCUCACAACCUGUUUUUAUGUUCCUCUUGUUACGUCUUGUCUGUCUCUUUUUUCUUUUGUGUGGGCUGUGUGCUCCUUUCACUUUGACUGCUAAUGGAGCUGAUCUCUGUUUGAAAAUGUGCCACACCUAAGAGGAUUUAGGCUAGGCCUGCAAAAUCUUCGCUCGCCCUCCUGUUGGGCCAGCUUAACUUUUCCUUGAGUUGUUCCUCACUUGUUAAUUUAAGUAAAAAUGUGCUUUUCACCCCAA